AUGAGGAAAUACAGCUGGAACAGUUUCAAGGAUUUCAUUUUCAGAAAUCCUGCUGUCGUCGCCCAGGAUCCACAUGCGGAUGAUGGCGAUGAGAAUGCUGAGCGUGGGAACUGGGCCAGCAAGAAGGAGUAUAUGCUCUCUACAAUCGGCUAUGCUGUUGGACUGGGAAAUAUCUGGAGAUUUCCAUAUUUGGCCUACAAGAAUGGAGGUGGUGCCUUUCUUAUCCCCUACUUUGUGAUGUUGGUGGUGGCUGGAAUUCCCCUUUUCUUCCUGGAAAGCGCCUUAGGACAGUUUUGCAGCCAAGGUCCAAUCAAUAUAUGGAGAUCUGUGCCGAUCCUGCAGGGUGUUGGCGUUGCUAUGGUUAUGCUCACGGUAAUAGUCUCAAUUUAUUAUAACGUCAUCAUCGCUUACAGCCUGUACUACAUGUUCGCCUCCUUCCAAUCUCCUCUGCCGUGGUCUAGCUGCCUCAGUCAGGCUGACAAUAACUGCAGCAACACUCCUAUAGUGUACUGCAAUGUAAGUGAUGUUUUAGUGGCCAACUGGACUCAGGAAAACAGCACUUGUCCUUCAUCCAACAUGAUGACAGUCCCAGUGCAGAGCCCGAGUGAGCAGUACUGGGAUCAAGUGGUUCUGCAGAGAUCCAGUGGUCUGGAUGAAACAGGACCAGUAGUUUGGCACUUGGCCCUUUGUCUGCUGCUGAGCUCCAUUAUUGUUGCUGCAGCGCUCAUCAGAGGCAUCAAGUCAUCAGGCAAAGUUGUGUAUUUCACUGCUACUUUUCCCUAUGUGGUGAUUCUGAUCCUGCUGAUCAGAGGUGUGACACUGGAGGGAGCCAGAGAUGGAAUUGAGUUCUACAUCGGUUCUCAAUCCAAUUUGACGAAGCUGACCGAAGCACAGGUCUGGAAAGAUGCUGCCACUCAGACCUUCUACUCUCUCUCAAUUGGCUGGGGUGGAGUCAUGACUCUUGCUUCUUAUAAUAACUUCCACAACAAUGUGUUCAAGGACUCAUUUGUUGUAAGCCUUACGAAUGCUGGUACCAGUGUGCUUGCAGGCUUUGCCAUAUUUUCAAUCUUGGGUCACAUGGCUCACAUCUACAAAAUGCCUGUUGGAGAAGUGGUGAAGGAAGGAUUUGGCCUGGCAUUCAUUGCAUAUCCAGAUGCUCUGUCUAAGCUUCCUAUUUCCCCUCUGUGGUCUAUUUUGUUCUUCUUCAUGCUUUUGACUGUUGGUCUGGACUCCCAGUUUGCAGGAAUAGAGGUGAUCAUUACCUGCCUGCUCGAUGCCUACCCUAAAAUAUUCAAAUCCAAACGAGCUUUAUUGACUAUUACGACAUCUAUCAUCCUUUACCUGCUGGGAUUGCCAUGUGUCACAAGGGCAGGAAUAUACUGGGUGACUCUAAUCGACCAGUUUGCUGCCAGCUGGGUGCUGCUAUGUUUGGCUCUCUUGGAAAUCAUUGGUGUCUGCUACAUAUAUGGAGGGAACCGUUUUAUCAAAGACAUUGAGAUGAUGAUUGGAAAUAAGAGUUUCUAUUUCUGGUUAUGGUGGAGAGCAUGUUGGUUCUUUCUCAGUCCCUGCAUUAUUUUGGUGAUCUUGAUCUGGUCCCUAAUGACAUUUACGCCACCCUCCUAUGGAGGAGUCCCAUUCCCAGUCUGGGGUUUGACUCUGGGCUGGUGCAUAACUGCAUUUAUGCUCCUCUGGGUCCCCCUCAUUGCUGUGUAUAAUCUAAUGAGAUCCGAGGGAAGCCCCUGGAAGCGUCUGAAGUCGUUGUGCUCUCCAGCUGAAGAAUGGCAUCCCUAUCUGGACAUCCAUCGAGGAGAACGUUACUCACCAGAACGCUGCCGCUUGAGAAUGAGCGAAAGAACCAAACCAGAAGUAAAUGUGAACAUUAUCUCGAGCUCAUGGCUCUGA